AAAUCAUCAGUAUCCCUGUGGUCAUAUCAACGGGGGGCUGGCUUUAUACAUAUACUGAUCGGGAAGCACAAAGUGGUGAGAAACAAGAUGGUUCAUGUCCAAAAAUAGCAACGAACUCUUGAAUGGUUCUGCGUCGGACACCUCCGAGAACAACUCCUCACCUCACAGCUCUUGACCACCAUCACGCACACACCUGGGCGAUAAAGAGCGCGCGUACACAAGCAAGAUCGAGCAAGAAGAACGAAGCUAGUCGCAAUGAAAGAACGACGCAGCAGCACCGCCAUGGCGCGCGCGCCGCUCUGCCUCGCCGCGCUUCUCCUCGCCACCGCCGUCGCGCCGUGCAGCGGGCAGGCGACGGUCACCGUCGAGGAGGCGUGCCGGAAGGCGGCGAGCAGCCACGCGGGCGUGAGCUACGAUCACUGCGUGUCGUCGCUGGCAUCGGACGCCCGGAGCCGCGACGCCGUGGACCUCCACAACCUGGCCGUGCUGGCGGCCAGGAUCGCCGUGGAGCACGCGGCCACCACGGAGGCCAAGAUCGAGGACCUCAACGAGGUGGAGGACUCGCCGCACGCGCGUGCGCGCCUGCAUCACUGCCUCGAGCUCUACAACGCCGCCGCCGACGUCCUGCGCGACGCGCUCGACAACCUCCACGCGCACAUCUACGGCAAGGCAUCCCAGCAGCUUGCCGCCGCGCUCGGCGCCUCUGAGAGCUGCGAGGACGUCUGGAAGGGCGAGGAGCGCGUCCCCGUCGCCGGACACGACAGGGAGUACGGCCGCAUGGCAUUGGUCGCCCUCGGCCUCACCAGCGGCAUCGUGUGAUCAUCUACCCCAUUGCAUCACAUCAGUUAAUCAACUGACACGGCACGUACGCCAUUCUCGCCAUGGCUGUCAUCAUAAGCUGAGGUCUUAUCUCCUCCAAGUCCUCUCUCACAUUAUAUGUGAUUGAUCCUGCAUGCAUGAAUGCUCUAAUCCUAAGCAUAUGCAUUGGUUAUUUGUUAAUCUUCUUCUUUGUCACUUUCCUUUUGGUUUUGAUGGUGCUAGGAAGAGAAAAAGGGAAGAGAGAAACAGAGGUACCCUGUUAGGUGUUGAUGUGUAUGUAUGUAUGUAUGUUGAGCCUAUAAGUUUGUAGGGUACGUAUGACACAAUUUCAUACAUGUUCCAAUGCAUGCAUCAAUUCCCUUC